AUGAAGAAAAAGUUUGCUGGAAAUGCUAGAGUAAAGCGUUCUCUUCUCCAAGCUCUGGGAAGAGACUUUGAAGUUCUGGAAAUGAAAGUGGGUGAAACCAUAACUGAAUAUUUUGCUCGUGUUAUGAAUGUAGCGACCAAGAUGCGGAGUAAUGGUGAAGAUAUGAAAGAAGUUACUAUUGUCGAAAAAAUCCUUAGAACCUUAACUGAGAAAUUCAAUUAUGUUGUUGUCUCAAUUGAGGAAUCUAAGGACAUUGACAGACUUACUAUUGAUGAACUACAAAGCUCUCUAGUUGUUCAUGAGCAAAAGUUUAUCAAAUCAAGCGGAGAAGAACAAGCAUUGACAGUGCGUUCAGAUAAUGUUGAAACAAGGGGAAGAGGAAGAGGACGUGGGAGAGGAAGAGGAAGGCAAAUUUUCAAUCGAGCAACGAUUGAAUGUUUUAAAUGCCACAAGCUAGGUCACUACCAGUAUGAAUGUCCUUCAUUGGACAAGGAAGUUAAUUAUGCAUAA